AUGAGUUCCAAGUUCAUCAUCGAUAGCAUGCUCCCAAAGUACCACCAGCAGUUCCAUCACCAGAACUUAUUCGCGGGUGCGGGGGCAUCGCCUAUAGAGGCCUCUCUGUCGUCAUCUCUGUCGUCGUCGUUGUCGACGUCGCUGUCAUCGUCGUUGUCAGGAGGCUUGGGAGCGGCGGCGCUGGGCGCUGGCUCACCAGGGGCCGGGAGCCCGCAGCGGUCGUCGUCGUCGUCGUCGGCGUCACCGGGCGCACCGGCGAGGAUGUACCCGUACGUGUCACACCAUCAGCAGUUCGGAGGCUCGGUGCCGUUCUCGGCGGGUGUCGGGGCCGAUGACAAGAGCUGCCGGUAUCCGGCUGCGGUGGGCGCGGACCCUAUGAUGAACUACGCCCUGGGUCAGCACAAUGGUGGCGCGGCGGUUUCAGCUGCUUCGGCGAGCAUGGCAGCCGCAGCUCAGUUCUACCACCAGGCGGCGGCGUCAGCUGCUUCGGCAGCUUCAGCCGCUUCCGUUGACGCGAUGGGAGCAACCUGUGCCCAGCCCUCAGCCCAGCCAUUGCCCGACAUACCGCGCUACCCGUGGAUGUCUAUUACUGAUUGGAUGAGCCCCUUCGACCGCGUGGUCUGCGGUGAGUUUAAUGGUCCAAAUGGAUGUCCACGACGGCGAGGGCGACAAACCUACACAAGGUUCCAAACCUUAGAACUAGAAAAGGAAUUCCAUUUUAACCACUACUUGACGCGUCGACGCAGGAUAGAAAUCGCACACGCUCUAUGUCUCACGGAGCGACAGAUAAAAAUAUGGUUUCAGAAUCGCCGAAUGAAACUAAAGAAAGAACUGCGCGCUGUAAAAGAAAUAAACGAGCAAGCGCGUAGAGAAAGAGAGGAGCAAGACAGAAUGAAACAGCAGCAACAGGAGAAGCAGGCGAAACUAGAGAGUCAGCACCACGGUCAUCAUGUGACCCACCAUCAUGAUCCGAUGAAGAUGCCCAUUGAUAAGGGCUCCAACGACCUCCUCAAAGUGAAUAAGGUGCCGACGUAA